CUGACGUCAUACGAUGUGACAAGUGAGUAAGCAAGGAGUAUCCUCAAGCAAGAAAUCGCCUUGACUGUUAUUUAAAUUAUAGUUAACUGGGUAAUUUUAAAAACGUUUCAUCUUGUGCGGCCGCGACUCGUCUGUAUGGAGUCUCACGUGCUCUGGGCAAUUUAACAGAAACCAGCACCCACAUGGUCGUGCUAGCCAACUUGCUAACUUAGCAAGGUAAAGAUUAAAUGCCAUGGAAAACUACAGAAAAGAGCGUACUGUAGAGCAGCCGUGCCCGUGUCCGUUCGCUAACCUGCCCAGCGACACUUCUGAAGUUCGGGUGAAGGAUGGAAGCAAAAUCCGCAACCUGAUGAGGUUCGCUUUUAGCCGAAUGGAGGAGAAUAAAGCCUCAGCAGAAAAGCCAGGCAUCCAGGAAGGUUCACAGGUGACAGCUGGGUCGACGGAGAAGCCUUGCCGGCAAAUUGUGUUUACAGGUACAGGCCCUAGCGUGGCUAAAGCCAUCACGUGUGUGGAGAUCUUGAAACGCAGAGUGCAUGGCCUACAUCAAAAUACCACUCUGGUCUAUCGAAAUGUUCAGGAGGUGUGGGAACCUCUGGUGCCGGAUGCAGGGCUAGACAGUCUCACGGUCAGUAGGAAUGUGCCUUGUAUAUGGGUACUGCUCUCCAGAGACUCGCUUGACAGUAACCAACCAGGUUAUCAAGCACCAGGUUCCUUUGAUGCCUUGUGGACACAGGCUCUAAAAGAGGAAGCAGCUGCUCAGAGGCAUUCCCAAAAGAAGAAGAGGGGAGGAACAGGGACUGGCAGAGGAAAGGGUAUGCGCAAGCACCCGCGUGGACCUGGAGAAACUCGGAAGUCUGUAGGUCAUGCAAGGGGUGGGCAUAAAUAAAAGUUGCAGAUUGUGAAACAUUACCUUAGCUCGGCACACUGACUCAUAUCUUUUCUCUGGAAUGUAAGGUUGUUCAAUGUGUUAUUGAAAAAUUAUUAUUGAUGAGAUGUUAUCAAUAAUAUUAGCACUAGCAUAUCUUUUUGUUAAAAUAUUAAUCUAUAAUGACUAUUUGUUAGAAAAGAAUUAUGCUUUGUUACUCCUUUGAUAUUGGUCUUGAUUUUUUUUUUUAAACAUCUAUCAAAAAUAAAAGUGAUAAAGACCUUACUGUCA